UUCCGGGCAUCCGGUUUUUAGUGCCCUGGCAACAGGCUUACAAACACUCAAGCAAACCUUUUUACUUGUAUCAAAUAAAUAAAUACACUGAUAAGGUAACGUUUUGUAAACUGUAAGAUAGAUAUAAUGGACACCUCGCAGCCGGAAUCUGAUCUACUGGGCGAGGAGGAGGAGCUGGGAGUUGAGCACGACGUGUCCUUCCCCCGCGACAUCAUCAGCGUAGAACACUCCUUUGGUUAUGAUUGCAAGAAGCUCUUUAACAUGGUCUUGGUGAAUGCGGAUACGCUGGUCUUUGCCUCAGGAAACUUCCUCAACUACUUCAGCAUUUCGCGUCAGGAAAUUUCUUUCCAGGAAACGGUCUACGGCUGUGGAGUGGGGUUUAUCACGAAAAACGAGCACCCGGACUACACCGGCCUCUUUACGGUGGGCGAGAACGGGCCUACUCCGACGGUUUUCAUCUACGAGUAUCCGUCGUGUGAGGUCCGCGUGAAGCUUCUGAAUGCAGCCAAGGCCUGUUUUACGGCGGGCUCUUAUAACAAAACCGGAGAGUUGUUCGCCUCGCAGGCCGGCUACCCGGAUUUCAUCAUAACCAUCUGGCGCUGGGAGAAGGCGGAGGUCGUCCUGCGCGCCAAGUCCUUCCAGAGCGACAUCCUGUUCGUGCACUUUUCGGAGCACAACCCCAUCCUGCUCUGCUCCUCGGGUCUAAGCCACAUCAAGUUCUGGAAAAUGGCCAACACCUUUACGGGCUUGAAGUUGAAGGGGGAUCUGGGACGCUUCGGCAAGACGGACUUCAGCGAUAUCUAUGCCAUGUACAUGCUGGCGGAUGAGAACGUGAUCUCAGGCAGCGACUGGGGCAACAUGCUGCUCUGGCAGGCGGGACUCAUUAAGUUUGAGAUCUGCCGGAAGGGUCGCAAGCCCUGCCAUACGAAACCCAUAACCAGGAUCACCAUGAAGAACGGAGAGGUGACCACGGUUGGCAUGGAUGGCUACGUGCGCGUUUGGUACUGGGAAACGGUGGACCUGGCCGAUCCCCCCGAGGAUGAUUUGUUCGUGGAGAUCGACCCCAUCUACGAGUUCAAGAUUGCCGACGUGGAGCUGCGUUGCAUGCAGAAGAUCAAUCCCUUCGAUGAGAUGGACUUCACCCACUAUGCCCAGGAUGGAAACGGUGGGAUUUGGUUCUGCGACAUCAACACCUACGACGUUCCACAAAAACCGCGGAAACUUUACUCCUGCAUUGGUGGCAAGGUACUCACCUCCCAGAUGUCCCCGGUGUCACCGCACUUCCUUUGCAUGUCGGAGAGCGGAAAGCUCUUUGUGUAUCAGUACGAGGAUCAGCGACUCAUACUGGAGAAGCAGUUCCCGGCGGAGGGGGUGGAUGUGGUAUGGCUGGACACCCAGAUCUCGGUGAAGGGCACCGAAAUAGUGGCCGUCUUUAAGGACGGUAUCCUGCGACAGAUGUACCUGGACCUCAGCAAUCCGGAGAGGCCAACCAUGACGCGGGUGAGAGCCAUCAAGGCGCACACAUCUCCGAUCACGAGACUCACCGUGAACCGGGACAGCACGCUGCUCCUUACGGGCAGCGCAGACAUGAGCAUAUUUAUCUACAAAUUGAGUCGGGAUGCCAAUCAGUUGGUGGACUUGCAUCCCCUGGGAUUCGUGCAGUUUGCAGCGAUCCCCAACUGCUUCUACUGGCACGACACCGAGCCCACUGUGGUCCUGGUGGGAUGCAAAAGUGGCGAAUUGUACGAAUAUAAUAUUCGCACUGAGGUCACCGAAGAAGAGACCUAUCUAUCCUAUAAUAUUACAGAGAAGACCCGCAUGCGCAGCACAAAAUUCGUUUCGAUCAAAAGCCGUAUCCGUCGGGAAAUCCACCGGGAGAACGUGAAGAAGCGCAAGGAACGUAAGCGGGAGCGCAAGAUGAACGAGGUCGAGAAGCUGAAGAAGGCCAAUCCCGGCCUGCAGAUCGACAUGGAGUCGGCGCUGGCCGAUUCCGAACCGGAUGAGGAGGAGGAGCCUCUUCACAUUCCGGCCGUGCCCAACCCCAUCAUCUGGCUGCGCUACACAAUAAGGGAUACCAUCUGGGUGUCCAUGGCGGGCUACGAUGCGGGGUACAUCUAUGAGCUGGAGUUCGAUGCGCCAGAACCCACUCGCGCCACCAUCAUAGCGGAUGGGGACGAUAUCGAGAUACAUUCCUACUGCAUUAUUGAUGACUACAUUAUCUUUGGCCUCGUCAACGGUCGCUUGCGAAUCAACCGCAUCAAUCCGGACAACUUUACGGACCUCUCCGAGUACCGCAUCUACCCGAUGCACGAUGCCCUGAAGGGCGUCAUUCCCAAAAUCGAUACCAGCUACAACGGUGACCACAUUCUCACUGUUGGUUACGAUGGCAACAUGUUCCUCCACCAGUGGAGAGGCCCGAAGAUGGUUAGGAACAAGCGGCGGGAUAAGCUGCCACCCCUGCCGGAGGGAGUAAGCCAUGUUCAGGACAUCGAAGAUGAUGCACCAUCCCUGGAGCAGGAGAAGAUCAACGCGGAGCUGCGGCGCCAACAGGAGGCGGCGGAGGCGCAUGAUCGCGAUGUCCUGAGCAAGAUCGGAUUGCUGCAGAACGUCUACUUCGACAUCAUCAGGCUCAACGAGGAGCUGCCGCCGGGUUUGCGGGCCAAGGACACGGAUUUGCUGCUGGACGAACGCAUCACACGACAGAUUAGGGAUGAACUGCAGGCGGAGUUGGAUGAUGUUCGGGAGGAUCUGGCCUACGACCUGGAAUUUGCUCAGGUGGGACAUACGAAGCUGUACAACCAUUUCCUUAAGGAGUUGGUCCGAAUCCCCUUUACCGUCAAUCCCUUGCGUGCCAAGGUACCGGGUGUUUCCACGUUUCGCCUCCAGGAUCUGGGAGAGGAACAUGAGCAGAUUAAGAGGGACAUAGAGGAGCGUUUGAAACAGGAGCACGACAUGGGACUCCACGACCUGGUGGUAGCCGAGAGAUCCGACGAAUCCAUUGGAGAACCUCCGCCGGAAUCAUUUUUCUUUGGCCGGGAUCCCAAGAGCAUCGAACCGCGCUUCAGCAGGAAGAUGAUGCGCCUCCUGGUUCGCUACCGGAAGCGUCAGCUCUUCGAGGUGCGCCGCAUCUUCGACUGGGACAAGCUGGAGCGUCAGAAGCCAGAUCCCAAUCGCAACCAUCCGGAUGACGACGCCCAAAUCGAGGAGGCCAAGCGCAACCUGGGUGACUUCAAGCUCAAGAUUGGAUCAGACUAUGAGCCCAAGUCCACGGAGACGCUAACACAAAAGUACAUAGAGGUCGUGGAGUGUCGCGAGCAGUACUUUGCGAUGGUGGACGCCUUCAACCUGAUGGUGCUGGAUCUGCGCGAGCGCAAGGGUGAACUGGAACAGUUCAUCAACGCAAAGAGGAAGCGUCUGGCAGUGAUCCAUAGCUACCUGCCCGAGCCGGAUCGCCGGCCCUUGGAACCGAUGCAGGAAACGGAUAUGGACCUGGAGUACCCAGAACUAAAUCUCAUCGAGCACUUUACGCCCGGCUGUGGCGUGGAGAUCGACGACAUCCUCACCCUGGAGCGCUCUGUGCAGCAGGUGAUCGCCAUGCGUUCGCCACAGAAGUCGAUGGUCAGUGUGAGCCUCUUCAGCAUGCACGGAUUGGAUGUGCCAGAAUUGCACGAAUACGCCGCCUUCAAUAUGCUGCAGAUCUCAACGCUGGAGAAGAGUCUUCCCAAUGCCGAGCUGACCGAGGAGCUACUAAAACUGCCGCCCAUCAGUGAUCCGGCCUACUAUGAGACGAAUGAGGAUGGCGAGGUGCCCUACAUGAUGGAGACGCGCCAUCGAUGGCUCCGCCAGCUCCUUUUGGAGCAGGCUGAGAUCCAUUCGGAGGUGGAUGAAGAAGUGCGGCAAUUUGACAAGGCUCUAGAAAAGCUCCAAGUGCGGCGCUUCCAUGUUAAACUGGAUGCCGAGUUCAUGAACUCUUACAUGAACAGUCUCAACCAGGAGCUGUAUAUCCUGCGCGACAGCGAGGAGAUAGAGACGCAGCUGCUUCUCAACGCCAAGACGGCUAUGAGCACCCGCAACGAGCUGCAGGUUGUCAUCAAUACCACCAACAGACAGUUGGACGAGCUGAGGCGGAACAUCGACAAGCUGGGCGAGCAGAUCAUUGCUGUCCAGGUGCUCUUCUCGACCACGGUUAAGGGUCACAAGUUCUUUGACUUCCUGCGACGCAUUUUCAAGAAGAAGUGGCGUCCGCCGAAGGUAGCCAGGGGAGACGACGAGUCGUCUUCCUCCUCCUCCUCGUCUUCGUCCUCUAGCGAGGAUGAGCAGGCGGACAACAAGAGUCUCGACUCUCUGGACAUGACCACCAUCCGCCUGGACGAGGCCACGUGUCCCACGGGCCUGGAUCGAUCCCUCUACGACCUGGCUUUCGCCAUGCGUUCCGAUCGCCACGAGCUGGAGCGAAAUGUGCGGGAUCUUCAGCGGGAUGUGGAGAACAAGCGCAAGGAGAUCGCUGAGAUGCAGAUCAAGAUGAAGUUUCACGAGGAAGUCUACCAGCGCGAGAAGAAUGCCUUGUUGCAGUUUCGGCGCAAUCGCCAGCAGGAGGUCAACAAGGUUCACAUCAGCGCCAUCCUGCGUAUGGACCAACUGCAGCAUUUUUAUGAGGGCGACGACUACCGGGACCUGUCCAAAGCCAUUCUCUUCGACGCCGAUAUGCUGGUGGAUCUGCGCCGCCGGGCGGAUCAACUGAGUGAGGAGACGCUGGCCACCAAGCGCUGGCAUCGCAUCAACUUUAUUCACUUGAGGCGCAUGAACACGGACAUAAAGUUCAUGAGGUUCGAAAUAACUCGCCUGGAGGAGGAGAUCCGACAGGCCAUGAUGAAGAAAUUCGGCAUCAUAGUCAAUCUGGAUGAGUUGGAGGAGGAGGUCCUGAGGCGCUACAUCUUUGAGCUGGAAACCAACGCGGAGGAUGAGCUGUCGGCCCUCGAAAAGGAACUGUUGGAGAAGCAGAAAGAACUCGCUCGCUGCGAGGAGGAACUGGUCCUGGAGACCCAAAACAAUACCGAAAAGGUUAACAUUAUGACCGUGCUCCGUGAAGAGAACAACAUCCUCCGCACUUUGCUGGACAUUCAGAACCGCAACUAUGCCAAGUGGAGCAAUCCGAAUGCCCUGAAUCUGUCCUAUGAUAUUGAGAAGCUAAGGGGCAUUGAGAAAUCUUUGCUGGAGCAGAUCGAAUGCCUGGAGCGGGAGAUCUGUGCCCUUAGGCUCAAGUCCAAGCCUCUGCAGAUCAAUUACGAGUUUGAGACGGAUCCCAAUGCGCAGCCUCAGGUGACCAGCGAAAUUCUGCCCAACGACGAUGUGAUGGUGUGCCCGGCCAUCCUCAAUGUGGAUGCCUAUAUGCUGCCACCAAUGCCCGAUGAGUUCAUCAUGGAUCGCGUUCAGACCAUAGUUCAGAAGAGCUUCAAUCGCUUCUUUGGCAAGAGCACCACUCCGGAGAAUGUGCGCAAGUUUGCCCUGCGAUCUUCACUCUAUCUGUGCCAGGCCGCCUACAGUUUCCAGGGUCGCUACACGGAUCGCAUAGCCGAGUGCAUCACGGAGCACCUGCAGACGAUUGUGCCCAAGAAGUACUUCAUCCACAUCAGCGGCGAGGAGCUCCGCAAGCUCUUCAACGAGGUGGUGGCCGUGUUCGACUACGAACGCUCGGAUAUAAACACCGAGGAACUCAUUUCCGGAAUCUUCGACCACGCCAAGGACUCGCUGUGCGCCCAUAUCCACCUGGGCGAUGCCGAUGUGGUUAAUCGCACGCACUUUAUUGUGGCGCACAUGUUCAAGGAGCUCAUCGAGGUGCUGCCCUUGGAGGAGUUCCAGUCCGACGAAACUCUACGCAUGAUCGUGGACGUACUGGAGCGUGAGCCGAUGGUGGACCCUCGAGCCAUCGGCGUGGAGCAGCUCAUCGAGAGCACGCUGAAGCACGCCCACGAGAAUUUGCUGGACGGGAUUACGGCGGUUCCGGUUCGCAAACUGGGCAGUUCCAUUCAGAGGGACCUCAUCAAACGGCGCCAGUACAAGCAGCCCAGUUGCGAAUCCCCGAUGUCGGUGCGGAUCGCCACGAAAAAGCCGGGAAACAGCACUGGGCUUCCCUUCUAGCCCAGUAGGUUUUUAUUGUAUUGUACUCGAAGAACAUUACAUUUUUUAAAAAAGAAUUAUAAAAAAAUGAAUUAC